AAAUAUGGCGGACGAAACGCCUGUAUUGAGCUUAAUUUGAAAGUUUUUGACAAUUUAAAAAAAGAGAAAAACCCGUGUUGGAUCCAUAAUGAUUGAGUUGUUUUGAGAUUAUUGUUUUCUUCAAUUUCGAUCGAAAUACUUCGUAUCGAAAAUGUUUUCUGGAUGGAAAAAGACAGGGGUUACAGAAACUGAUGAGGACUUGAUAAGAAAUGCAGAGAUCAAGAGAAGACUUAUUGGUGAACUCUCACUUGCAGUGAAAGAACUUCAGAGAAAGCACAUUGGAGCUGAUUUGGAUGUGGAAAGGAAUGAUGAGCAUGCGUUAAUGAUCAGUACUUUGCUAGAGGCCAUCUUUCUUCAUGGAUUUCAAGAUCACGGUGUUAAGCUAUCAAAUUUUUACAAUCUCCUUGGCAAAAUAUCAACAGAAGCCAUGCCAACUCAUUCAUUUUGGUCCCUGCUCACAAGUUUCACACACAAAGAUGUGUUAAAUGAGCUGGAACAUCUAUCUCACAUCCACACUCCUGUGGGAAGAUGUCGGGCAUGGAUUCGCCUUGCUUUAAAUGAUAGCUUAAUGGAAAGUUACCUUGACGCCAUUUUGAUGGACAAAAAUAAAUUACUAUAUUUCUACAAAGGUUCAUCUUUUAUGUUGGAUUCAGAACUUCCAUCUAUCAUGAAAACUUUCUUACAAGGCCUGGGGGAAUUUAAGUUUGACUUCAACUACAACACGCCUGGUUUGAACUCAUGGUCUGGUGAUGCACUGGCUCUCUGCGGAAUUUGGCAAUUACCUAAAGUGGCUCCUCGGUCUCUUCCACCUACGUACACACAGUCAGGUAUGCCUUUACAUGGAGGAUCAACUGUUCCAGUCAUCAUUCCAGGAGAUCAGCAUGUAGCUCAAGGUGAAGCCUCCACAAGUUCCUUUGACUCCAGCACUGCGGAGGUGGCUGAACUUGCAGGCUGCAGCCUCGAGGAGAGCACUGAAUUAAAGCGCAGAGCUCAAGUGUUGCAAACAGAGCCUGCUGAGAGAAUGAUUAUGGAUAAUGCAGACAAUAGAGAAAGUUUUUCCAAUUCGCCUUCCACAGAGGAGAAUAUGGAUGGAAAAGCUGUAGGAAGUCAACCAGCUGUAGUAGAAGUUCCAACUAGUUCCAAUGACAGUGAACGAGACACUUGCAGCCCAACUCCUUUAGGAGGCAGCAACAAACUGGGGAUGUCUAGUGGCUGGUCAUCAACAUUUGAAACUGAGGCUGUAGUGGAUGCUGUUGAUGGCAGUAGCUGCAAUGACCAGGCAGACACUGCCGGCCCACUUCCCAGUCCUCAAGAGAGGCUCAGUCCCAGAAUCCCAACAAAGACACAAGCACCCAGUUUUGGGACUCUGUUAAGGGAUUAUAGUGUCCAGGGAAGAAAAAGAUUUGAGCCCCCUGUGUAUGUUGAUGGUGCAGUGCCAACACAACCAAAGCAGAUUCCAAAAACAAAGAGGAAACCUGAGAUGCAACUAUCCGAAACUAUCACAGCUUCUGGCUUUGAGGUUUUGCAGAAAAGUAGUUCGGUGCACUCAAACCAUGGCGACAAUCGUUCCUCAGAGUUGAUGACACUAGUGACAGAGAUUGCCACUGAGCAGGGGUUGGACAACCAAAAUUAUCAAUGCAAGGGAUGUGGGAGAAACAUAGGAAUGAUCUAUGGAGAAUUUAAAGUUUGUACCUAUGAUGCCAGCUACUAUUGUUUUGAAUGUCAUGAAAAUGAAGAACAUGUCAUACCUGCAAGGGUGAUUCACAACUGGGAUCUGCGUAAACACCAAGUCGCUAAAAAGUGCAAGAUGUUCCUGAUGCAGAUAGAGGAAGAACCUUUGUUUAAUAUUGAUGAAACAAAUCCUACGUUGUACAAUGUAAUCAAGGAGUUACUUGAAGUUAAGGUAUUGAGAUCACAGCUACAGCACUUAAAAGGCUUCCUUUUUACUUGUAAAGAUCCAAUAGCAGAGGAUGUGAGGAGAAGGAUUUGGCCUCGGGAAUAUCUUUGGGAUGAUAUCCAUCAGUAUUCCUUACUGGAUUUGAUUCAAGUGCAAUCUGGGCAGCUGGCUCAUCAUCUUAAAAAGGUCAUUGCCCACUGUACAAAGCAUGUGUACAAGUGUAAGCUCUGUUGUCAAAAAGGAUUUUUCUGUGAAAUAUGCAAUGACCCAAAAAUCAUCUAUCCAUUUGAAGUGAAAACCACAACUCAGUGUGGAAAAUGCAAGGCUCUGUACCACAAGGCUUGUAUUGCUGAGAACAAAUGUCCAAAGUGUAUACGGAUAAGAAAAAUACAAUCUGCAAGAACAAAAACUGCAGCUGUGCUGGAGUUUGAUUCACCAUGGUAGUGGCAAACAAGCAAGGCUUUCACUAACUUUUUCCAUAAGCAACAGGUGAUGGUGUAAUAGAAAGCUGUGCCUGGAGAAGGGGUGGUACAUGAAAACCCAAAUGCCAGGGCCUGCUCGCAGCCAAAUUUGACGACAGUAAGAGGUCUUAUAGGCAGUGGUAGACCAUUAGGCUGAGUUGUUCAAAGCUGGGUUACGAUAACUUAGGAUUAGUGCAAAAUUUGAUGUCAGGGAACAGUUUUUUCUAACACAGAUUAGUGCUGACCCAGGAUUAAAUUUUAGUCCAGGUUUCUAUAUUUCUUUAUUCAAAAGCAUUUUUGGAUUAAUUUUCUCCAUCCAAUUUCAAAUUGUAGGAAAAAGGAUUGAUGUGGAUUUUUGUUUAAAGCUCUCAGAUCUGAAAUAAAAUUUCACUCUAACCCUGGGUUCUCUUAAACCAGCUUUGAACAACUAGGCUCAGAUCUGAAAGCUUUCAAAUAAAAUCCAGCAUAAUUCUUUCUGUCUACAAUAUUGUGAUUGGAUGCUUGAAAGAGGAUACAAAAAAUUAUUCCAAAUAGACUUUUGAACAAAUAAAUGAAAGAAACCCAGAUUAAAAUUUAACAUUGGGUUAGCGCUAAUCAGCUGUCAAACAACUGGGCCCUGGUAACCAGCUUAGACUGUACCUCCUGCAUAUGUAAGUUAAAAAUAAAAAAAAAAACAUGAAAAAUCUUUAGACACAUUUCAACAAUUUAAUUUAUUACAUUGUACAUUAAUGUUACAGUAAUAACACUCUAUCUAAAUUGUAUUUCAUGAUAUUUUUCAAUGUUAACCCUUUCACUCCCACAAGUGACCAAGACAGAAUUUCUCCUUACAAUAUCAAUACAAUAUCAAGCAGGCAGGUGAUGAGAAUAGAGAAGAAUAACAAUCAUGGGAUUAUUAGUUGAUCCAAUAUCAAAUUCUCUGAACUAUCAUCAUAAGAAUUGUAUGGCAGAUAGUAAGGAGAAUUACUAAUUAGAUCUUGGGAGUGAAAGGGUAAAAAAAUAGCUGUAUCAAACUUUGUAAAAUUAACUCUAAGAUAAAAGAAUCCAGACACAUAACAUUGUAAGUCGUGAUGGAAAAAAGUAUUGUCUCUAAAUGGUACUUUUCUAGCUUUGCCCAGUCUGUGUUAAUUUUUUAAAUUAAAUAAGAAAAAAGUUGAAAUUUUGUAGUUGCAAAAUUUUAUAAUGUAUUCAUCUCAAUUGCAAUAAACAUGGUAUCUUUUUUAGCUCUGACUUGCUGCA